AUGCUUAGGAGUUAAGAAAUCUUGUUGCUUGAUAUUUGGUAGAAUGCCCAUCGAAUGCUAUCCCAUUCUAAAUCAUCAUAUAUUAAGAUAAUUACUGAAGAACAGAAUCUGACAUUAUCGGGUUCUGAGAAGACAUAUAUAAUACAUUUUAUCCAUUCUACUAAAAAUUUCUUCUUCCCCUCAUUAAUUUCCCAUAAGGAGAAAUAAGAGCUGGUGAUUAAAAAUAGACAUCCAAAUGCCACUGAUUUUUCUAAAUACUUCUUAGAUACUGAGACCUAAGAGUAUCUGAAUGAGGAAACAUGUGGAUUCAAUGAAAAUGACUUAAACUCAGCAAUCAGAGUUCUGAGAGCUCUAUCUAAUCCCGAUUAAAAAUUUCUUAUUAAACAUGAAAAGUUUGGCCCAUUUCGUAAAGCCCUUAGGAUGAUCAUCGGUGUAGGAAUUAAUAAAUCAGAUUUUAUUUAAAAAACCUUGAAUGAACCAUCUCUAGUCGAUUAAGUAAGUGAUCUAUGUUGUGAAAUGAGAAUAAAAAAGAACAAUGAAAAAUUACACAUCAAGCAGCAAUUUGAGAAAUAGGAAUAUCUCCAAUAGUAGCCAAACAUGAUAGUUAAUGAUCAGGAAUUAGAGAGCAAAAGUUAAUAAUUAGCUAUACAAAGUGAAACUGUUGAAAGUUCUGCUACAGGAAUGCUAAAAUAUUAAUACAAUUCUUAAUAAAACCGAAAUCUCGAAAAGUAAUCAUAUGAGAUAAAAUAUGAAAAGCCUAGUUAAGAAUAGAUAAAAUCCUUAUACGACAUUGAAUAGCAACCCUCUUAAAUUGAUACCAAUGUAUUACAUCAAUUCGCUUAAUCAGAUGAAGAUCAGAAAUUAGCAAAGGAGUUAAUAAGAAAAUAGGUCAAGAUAUCUAGGCGUUGCUAUACAUGUUAGAAAAUGUAUCACACACUACAUUUUUUCUAUGAUCAAUUAUGUGUUGACUGUGGUGACCUAAAUUUCUAUAAAAGGAAUUAAGAGUGUGAUUUGAGAGGUAAAAUUGCAUUGGUUACUGGCGGUAGGAUAAAGAUAGGUUAUUAAAUUGUUUUGAUACUUCUUAGAAAUGGAGCUCAUACUGUAGUUACUACUAGAUUUCCUAAAGAUGCAGCAAUUAAAUUAAUGAAGGAAUCUGAUUUCAAUUAAUGGAAAGACAGGUUAGAGAUAUAUGGACUUGAUUUCAAGUACGUUCCAUCGAUCUAUGAAUUCUGCGAAUUUUUCAAAUCAAAAUAUAGCAGAUUAGAUAUACUCAUAAAUAAUGCUGCCUAAACUAUAAGAAGAGAGCCAGCAUUAAAUGAGCCUUAUGUUAAACAGGAAUUCGAGAUAGACAUUGAAUCGGACAAUGAGAUGAGUGGCAUAUUACCAAAUGACUUCAGGAAUUAAAGAUUGAAUCACUUGCUCAUUCAAAAUGGGUUGAUGGACAAGUAGACAAUAACAAUUAAUCAAGAUAUAAAAUCAUGUGAAGUAAAAAAUGAAGUAGAGGAGUUGAAAUGCUAUGAGAUUAAUACUAAAACGAGAAUGAAUACAGACUCUCGAUCAUUUUAGGUUUCAAAGUCUGCUCUAGUGAGUAAAUUAAAGCUAGACUAGAAUGAUGAUGAUCAAGUUGAAGGCCCUGCUUUGUAUGAUGUGAACAACGAUCUAGUUGACUUGAGAAACAAGAAUUCCUGGGUUAGAGAAUUGGAUGAAGUAAGUCUAUCAGAAUUCAUGGAAGUGUACCUAAUAAAUGCAACAGCCCCAUUUAUUAUCUGCUCACAGCUGAAGUCUUUAAUGGAGAGAAGCCCCUAGAGACCUAGAUUUAUAGUAAAUGUUUCAGCUAUGGAGGGCUAAUUCUAUAAAAACUUUAAGAAUUCUACUCAUCCGCAUACAAAUAUGGCUAAGGCAGCACUUAAUAUGAUGACAAGGACAUGUGGGAGUUACUAUUCCCUUUCACAUAUUUACAUGAAUGCAGCUGAUACUGGCUGGGUUACUGAUGAGAAUCCUAGAGCAUUUGAGACUCAUAGAACUGUACCUUUGGAUGAAAUUGAUGGUGCAAUGAGGGUACUAGAUUGUGUAUUCGUAGGAUUUAAUUAUAAUGAAUUGAAGCAUUCUAGGUUUUUUAAAGAUUAUAAAGAAUGCUUUUGGUGA